AUGAAAAAGGAAAAGAGCCACGUUCAGACACCGCACUCAUCUUCAAUUCAAUUAUUUAUACUACCAACACCACCCCUCUCUCUCUCUCUCUCAUUUCCACUUGAACAACAAAACAAUGGCCGGUUUCUUCACCGGCACCGCCCUCCUCCUCCUCCUCCUCCUCCUGUUCUCCCUCUCCACCAACGCUACCAAAUACCAGACCCUAAUCCCUUCCUCUCACACCCUCCCUCAACCAAACACAAACACCCUCCCUCUAUCAUCAUCAGAAGAACAAUUAUCAUUAACCGAAAACACCCUCUCUCUUUCUCUAGAUCUACACCAUCUAGACACUCUCUCCCUCCCCGCCAAUGCCACCCCGGAGUCCCUCUUCAACCACCGCCUGUCCCGUGACUCCGCCCGAGUCAAAACCAUCACUAGCCUCGCCUCCAACCGGACCAACACCAAAGCAGACUUCAGCAGUUCCGUCAUCUCCGGCCUCGCACAGGGCUCCGGCGAGUACUUCACCCGCAUCGGUAUAGGAACUCCCGCAAGAUACGCCUACAUGGUGUUGGACACCGGAAGCGACGUCGUCUGGAUCCAGUGCUCCCCUUGCCGGAGAUGCUACACCCAGUCUGACCCCAUCUUCAACCCCACCAAAUCCAAGACCUUCGCCGGCGUUGCCUGCGGUACACCCCUCUGUAACCGCCUUGAUUCCCCCGGGUGCAACAACCGCAACAAGAAAUGUAUGUACCAGGUGUCCUACGGUGACGGUUCCUUCACCGUCGGCGAGUUCUCCACCGAAACCCUUACGUUCAGGAAAACAAAAGUCAAUAAUAUUGCUUUUGGGUGUGGUCACGAUAACGAGGGCCUCUUUGUUGGUGCUGCCGGGCUAUUGGGCCUGGGCCGGGGAAAGUUAUCUUUCCCGAACCAGGCGGGUCGUCAGUUCGGGUCAAAGUUUUCGUAUUGUUUAGUGGACAGGUCCAUGUCGGCUAAACCAUCCUCUUUGGUGUUUGGAAACGCUGCCGUUUCGCGUGUGGCGCGUUUCACUCCUUUAGUUAGUAACCCCAAACUGGACACGUUUUACUACGUGGGACUCACAGGUAUAUCAGUAGGGGGUGUUCGAGUACCCGGAAUCUCCAGCUCCUUGUUCCAGCUAGACAACUCAGGGAAUGGCGGGGUCAUCAUCGACUCGGGGACCUCGGUCACCCGCUUGACUCGACCGGCUUACGUGGCGCUGCGAAACGCCUUCUUGUCCGGAGCAUCUCAUUUGAAGAGGGGACCCAAUUUUUCACUUUUCGACGCGUGUUUCGAUCUGUCGGGGAAGACGGAGGUGAAGGUGCCAACGGUGGUGAUGCAUUUCAAAGGUGCUGACGUGUCGUUGCCGGCGUCGAAUUACUUGAUUCCGGUCGAUAGCAAUGGGAGCUUCUGCCUGGCAUUUGCGGGAACCACUAGUGGGUUAUCUAUUAUUGGGAAUAUCCAGCAACAAGGGUUCCGGGUGGUGUAUGAUUUGGCCGGUUCACGGGUCGGGUUUGCUCCUAAAGGAUGUGCUUAGGUAGCUAGCUGUUUAGCUUUCUUACUUUUUAAUUAUUAUUACUAAUUAAGAAACAAAGAGAAAGGAACAUGUAUUUGUUGUCUUGUGCCCUGUCUGUCUGUCUUUCUUUCUGAUAAAAUUAUUAUUAUUAUUAUUAUUAUAAAUGAAAAUUUAAUUUGCAGAA